GCUGAGAUGGGUAUCAUUUAGAUUUAAAACUUUCUCGAAAGCAGAGACCGCAUAGUUUGGAAUAUUAACAUUUACAGACCACCAGCUCCAUUGUUUAUCUAUUUACCGUGCACGCAUAGAAGUUCCGCUACUGCAAUAUAUGUAUAUAGAAAGAAAACAACAACAACAACACGCAACAACACGCUUUACAUUCAUCUGUACUGCAGCUGUUCGUUCACGAAAGUUUUUCUCCACUUUUGACAACUCUGAAGAUCCUCUAUGAGGGGGAUUUGAGCUCUUCCUCCGCGAAAGACCACAGCCGUCCGUUCGGGAGCCAGGAGCUUCCCUCAUUUCCGCGACCGGGACCGUCAAGCCAACGGAAUGGCAGGGAGAGACGUCGCCUUCCUGCUCCUCACUCUCUGCUUCUCCGCCUCUGCAGGUCCUUUGUCACGAAGCCCAUGCGAGCUGCUGCCGGUGGGAGAGGGGCACCCCGUACAGGCCAUGCUAAAGAGCUUCACUGCAUUGUCCGGCUGUGCCAGCAGGGGCACCGCAGAUUUCCCUCAGGAGGUGCACAUCAUCAACAUGAGGAGCAGAGGUCCCGAGGGGCCUGGGGAGAAGCCCACUGAGGUGGUCCUACACGUCAGGCCCAUUCAGCCCUGGCGGGUGCACGAGAAACCGCUCGUCUUCGUGCUCAACUCCCCAGAGCCUGUACUCUGGAAGCUGAAGACAGUGAGGCUGGCUCCCUUCAUCAAACGCACCUUCUACGUAUCCGAAGGCUCGCGGGUUCAUUUUGAGCCGGGAAAUUUCUCCCGCUCUUGCGAGGUCCUGGCGGAGACCCUUCCCCACGGCAACGAACACCUCCUGACCUGGGGCCAGGAGAAGUACAAAGCUGUCACCUCCUUCUUAGAGCUGAAGGCCGCCGAGGAGGUCUACAUCAAAGUGGGCGAAGAUCCAGUUUUUUCUACCACGUGCAAGAUUGACACCAAGUUCUUGUCCCUGAACUACCUGGCAAGCUACGUGCAACCACAGCCGUCGAGAGGGUGUGUGCUGUCCGGCCCGGAUCAAGAUCGGGAGGUCCACAUCAUUGAGCUGCAAGCCCCCAGCCCCGGGACGGUCAGUGUCUUCCAGGUGGACGCGAUUGUGGACAUCAGGCCCCUGGAGACGGACGGGCCUCCCCUCCACCGCGACCUGGUGCUGGUGCUCAAGUGCGAGAAGUACGUCCAAUGGGUGAUCCAGGCCCACCGCAUCCUGGGCAAGCUGGACGUGUUGACCGCGGACAGUGUGAGCCUGAGUUCGGAUACUGAGAGGCUGAUGCAGGUGUCCAAGAUGUCUAAGUCCCACCUGCCGUCUGGCUCCCAGGCCCUUAUCCAGUGGGCGGAGGAGCAAGGCUACAGCCCGGUCACCUCUUUCACCAGCACCCAUGUGGCCAACCACUUCAACCUGCGUCUGAGGGAGCCAGAUGAAGUGGAUGUCAUGGACAGCAUUUUCCCCCCGGAGCUGGCCAUCUUGCACAACUUAAAUCCCCACCCGGACCCGGGGAACUUCGCCCCACGCCCAGGUCCGCCCUUCCCCUUCCCCCGGAUGGGCGGUCCCCCCGAGCAGGGCCUUCCCUACUUGUCUCUGCCCACCUCCACGGACGGCCGGCCCAGGCUCGGCGCUGAGCCCGAGGAGCAGCAGGGCUCCCUGAACGUGGGCCUGAGUGUGCAGUGUGAGGAGGACAGGAUGGUGGUGAGCGUGGACAAGGAGAGCCUCCAGGCAAGCGGGUACGGAGGAGCCAACCUCACCCUGCAAGACCCUGCAUGCACAGCUACGUCCAACGCCACCCACUACAUCCUGGAAACCCCGCUGACCGGCUGCCAAACUGCUAAAUACCCUUUCCUUCCCAGUCCCGUGGUCAUCUACAUCAACUCGGUCUUCAUCAACCCAUCCGAAUCUGAGGAUGGGAGUGGUUGGCCCGUGGAUUAUGAUGACAUGGAGUCUGGAGACGUUGGCUUCCCGGUGGACACUGAGGGCAUGGAGAGAGCAUUCUUUGAACCCAUGGGUUCUAGGCCUUCAAUCCUGUUUAACUGCACAUACAGAAAGAACCAGAACCCCCCGGGGCCAUUUCCCCGGGUUGGCCCCGGAAAGGACCCGGUGGACAACGUGACAUUCAGCAUGGAGCUCUACAACACCAACCUCUUCCGCUACCCCGCGACCUUUGUGACCACCUCCGAAAACAAGCCUAUCUUUGUUGAGGUUUCAGUGACUAAAGCUGAUCAAGACCUCGGGUUUAUGAUCCAGACUUGCUUUGUCUCACCCAAUUCCGACCCCACCAUUGCCUCCGACUACACCCUCAUCGAGAACAUCUGCCCCACGGAUGACUCAAUCAAGUACUACCCCCAGCGGGGCGACUUCUCCGUCUUGCACGCGCAGAUGGACAGGAAGAGGUUCAGCUUCACUUUCAGGUCAAAGUUCAACGUGUCCCUGCUCUUCCUGCACUGCGAGAUGUCCCCCUGCACCAAGAGACACGCAGAUGACCGAGGUCUACCUAAGUGCAUACAGCCAGACGAGGCCUGCAUCUCCGUCAACGUGGAUCUCAUCUUGGCCAUGGCGAUGAACACCAAGACCUCCACCAAGCCACUGGUGGUGGUGUCUGACCACAAGCCUCCAGAGCCACCAGUUCCAACUAUCCGGACCAUUCCGCAGACUCCAGAAAAUGGCCAGAAAAGUAUAAUGUACGUCCUUGACACUCCCACGGUAGUCGGAAUCGCCUUCACCGCGUUCGUGAUCGGGGCUCUCUUGACGGGGGCCUUGUGGUUUAUUUACUCACACACAGGCGACGCGGCGAAGCGUCGGCGUGUCCCCCAGUCCCCGCCGGCCUCGGAGAACAGCAGCGCGGCCCACAGCAUCGGCAGCACGCAGAGCACGCCCUGCUCCAGCAGCAGCACCGCUUAGCGGGGCCUGGGAACGCAGGGUGGGGGGGGCCCCUGGGGCCCCACGGACUGUCCACGUCCACGUUACCGGGGCACAGAGGAAUUACUCUGGGCUGCUUUAUUGAAUUCAGAGAUGGGUCAAAUUUUUGAGGCUUUGCGACACAAAAAACCAGAAAGGAGUUGCAAUAACCUUAUGUCCCCCAAAUAGAGUUAAUUCCCUUUUCUGCUCCAUCCAAAAAAGCUUUUAAAUUGUGCAACGGAACUUCUAUCCAAGACUUCUGUGCUAAGUAUUGUUGAAGUGGCUGCGUGCAGAACCAAGACAAAACCUUAGCUAAGACACACUAGACAGUAGGGAAGCGUCAGCCAGGUUUAUCUUCUCCUUCCCAAAAUGCUGCUUUUCUCCCUCACUCACAGAGAGAACCCCUUUGUUGUCAAUCCAGUCUUGUACAGCCUGUAAAUCUUAAGCGUUUGGAUGCUAAUCAGUGAAUUUAUCAUAUAGCUCCCCGAGAUGAAAGAGAGCAUAUAUUUGUAAAUUAAAAUAUAUUUUUUGUGUGAAUAUUUGUAAAUAAGCGUGGCAUCCUGACGGUGUUCUUGGGUUCUCUAAUGAAGUCUAGUGCAGAAAAGCAAAUUUUGAUGAAACUGACAGCCUGCCAGUACUACCGAUUAUAUAGAAAUAUAAAUGAUUUAUUUUUAUGUCAAAUGUAUUUGUCUUGUUUUUAUGCUUAAUGUCUUUAAUCCACUGUAAGAUAAGUGAAAUAUGUACCUGUUGUUAAAGAUCAUGGAUGGAUCAAGCCUACUUGAACACACUAUCAAGGGACUGGGCAUUACAUAUAAAACAAAAAAAAAAAAGGUUUUUGUUAGGUCUUAAACCACUGUCUUUCAUACGUUCAUCCACAAACACAGAUCCACAAGAGAAAUAUGCUUAAAAAUUUAAAUAUAACUUUUAUACAUGCGUGUACAUUCCUUUUAACACUGACAUCAUCAUACACCUGAUUGAAUACAUUUAUCUUUCCCAAUGUGAACUUCUUUCUGGUCUAGACUAUGCUGACGCUGUUUGAAUGUUUAACAUUCAGAUGUAUGUGCCCUUGGCUACAGUAUACUGUACAUCCAUCCAUGCAUGCUUACACAGUCCUCUCUAUGCCUUUCAUUUGGACUGUUUCAUUGGAUAUUUGCCCUGAAAAUAGAGUUAACAGUGUAAUCCCACCGUCACUAAAAUCAUAUGAAUGUCAAAAAUGUAAUAAUAUUUAUGUGCCUUGGCUGAGAAAUUUGUGUAUUUUUUGGAGCUUAAGAGGAAUCAAGCAGGAAUUAGAAUUAAUUUAAACACAGGAAAAAGGGAAAGAUUUGGUUUCUUGUAUGAAAUACACAAUGUAUAUAUUUUGAAGUGGAAGAUAUACAUCGAUAUUUAGGCUAUUCAUUGUUUAAUAUAGACCUAAUUGUUUUAAUGUUGCUUGCUGCAGACUUUACUUACAGAAUGUAUUUUAUAUCAAAGCUUUUGAGUAAUAGUUGUAUAUAAACACGUAUAGAUGUCUUCAGAGAAGACAACAGAGUAUUGUAGUAACAGCUAUAUUUUUUAUUUUUUGUGGAAAGUGUGUAUAGUUCUAUUUGUUUGAAUGUGUUUACUUAGAGCCAACCUAUUAUUUUGUGUACUGUGAAGCUGUGUGCCAUUUUACUUUUUUUUAACGAUAUUGUAAAUACCUUUCUUUGUGUCUCUUUCUGUUGCAAACUUGAUUUGUCUUUGUAAAUGCGCUUUAAAGGUAGUCUAUGCGAGUGAAAUUAUAGUUGUGCAGGUUUGUUCAUUUCAAAGUGUGUCCAACCUAAAUUUACACAGUUAGGGUCUGUUUUUAAUUGAAGUCUUUUUUAAAAUGUGAAAACGGUUCUCUCAUGAAUAGGAUUAUGUGCCAUUGCAAAAAAGUAACAUGAAAUGUUAUAUACUUAAAAUAUGGUAAAUGUUGUUUUAUGUUGAAGAACAAUAUAUGUGUAACACAACAUAUUUUAAAUAUAUUUUAAACCUGUAUAUCAAAUAUACUUUUUGAAUAGAUGGCAAUAUUUUACUUUUUAUGAGGGCGAUUAGUCACAGUUGCAGCUGUUAUUCAUAUUCAUAGCCAUAUAUAUAUAUAUAUAUAUAUAUAUAUAUAUAUAUAUAUAUGGUAAUAUCCUUUAUGAUGUCACUGAUGUUAUUUCAUUGCCAUUCAUAAACUACAAAAACAAACCUGUAAACCUUUUUUCAAUUGAAUGUGUAGACUUUUUAUUGAGAACUUAUGAAUGUCGUGUUCUGAGGGGAAGUGUGUAUCGCAAACAACCAAUCAUCUGAAGCCAUUUGUUGUCAGUUUAUUUUUACUGCAUUCCUGUACCUUAGAAGCCUCCUUUAUCAGCACUGGUCAGUACAACAGCAUUGUAAGUUCCUUCCCAUUCAUCUCAUAUACCACUGAGUUCUCAAGGGGUUGCUGGGAUGUCUGGUAUGUUAUAAGGUGCUUACACACUGUAGGACAAGCAACAGGCUUUAGGCUGUGGAACAGUGGGUCUGAUUUUCCAUGCUAAUCAAACUACCCGUAAAGUGCAGUUACCAUGGAAGGGUAGGACUACCUUCCUUGGAAUUUAUAUUGACAAAAUGCUGUUGGAUAAGGGCUUGUCAAAGUCUUACUUGGCGCCCUGUCAACAGACGUGAGCUUUGCCAAAUUCGGAUCCCUGUUGCGGGAGGUGGGAGGGGAGUGGUCUUGUGUUGCCUGUUGGGAUAUUAGUCAUCAGUCCCAGUAACAAUGUGCUGGUCUCCUGCCAUGGUCAAAUGUGCGGAGGUUCCUCACUGAGAAUAAACAGUGAAGUCAUGGGAAGUGUGAGGAAAGGAAUCAAAGCCGUGAAAGCAUUGGCUUCACCUUCCCCAACAAGGAGGGAGUCGUAUUGAGUUACCUACCCUCAUGGCUGCGCCUUUGAAACCUUUGAUUCAAGCUCAGCAAAUUCACCCCCUCUGAAAUACAGAUUGUACAUUUAUUGUUUAUACUAUUUGUCCAUUUCAAUUCUACCUCAUUUUUAAAAUUUUUUUGGGAGGGGGGGGUGGUCUUCUCGUGCUUCACGGUCAGUUGGUUUGUCCCUUUGUGAAAGGUAGAAAAAGAAAAAAAAGAAUGUUCAUUCACAUAUGAGCUCCACGAUUGUGUGUGUCUGAAAUGAGAGGGUCCACGUCAUCUCAACCCUUUCCCCAUAAGUGUUUCAUUUUUUCAGUUGUUUUCCAUUAACCAAAAAGGAGGGAAAAUGACAUUAAUAAAUAAUAUGGCUACCAACGGAAGCAUAAAUUCGCAUUGAGUUACAGUGGAAUAUUCGUUGAAGCAGGAUCCACGCAGAGGUGGCCAGUUUGAAUGCCCCAGCAUUAAGAGCUUUUUGUUGUUGGUUUUGACAAUAUGCUAAGAUGUUGUAAAGAAUAUUUGCUGUAAAUAUGCAUGAUAUUUGUAUGCUUUUUAUAUGCAAAAUAAAUUCUUGUAAUCAUUAAAAAUAA